UAAAUCGUCCUAUGAUGCUACCUCAUAUGGAAGAUGAUGAGGAUGAAGAAAUGGAAAUUGUUGAGGAAGCUGAGCAAGUUCUUUUGGAAGCCACUGAAGCUUGCAAAAAUAUGGAAACAGGUCUUACAGAAGAGACUUCUGAACAAGUUGACAAGUCUGAAUUAGUUAUUACAACUGCUAAUGAUAAUGAAGAAAAUGACACAUUUACCACUUCUACCCUUACAAUACUACCAUCUGAAGUUUCCCCAAUCCUCAAGUGUCCAACUCCAAGUGUUUCACCAACAGUUACUAGUAGCAGCAGGAAAAGUUUAAGGACUUCUUCAACAUUUACUGCUUCCCAAAAUGCCCUUGCAAACAAUAUUUCUGAAUCUAUCAUGCUUUCACAUAAACAGAGUAGUGCUUUUGGACAAACGGAUCGUUUGGCUGCUAGUCUGCAUCAUGGGCUUGAAGUUUUAGAUAAAAAUAGAAAAAGUUUUGCUUUAGGGCGUUCAUCAUUCAGGUUUCCAUGUAAACCAGUUCAAAAAGAUGUUGGUGUUCAAACUUUUUCUCUAGAGAACGUGUUAUCUGAAGAGAAAGAGAAAUCCAUGGAGUAUUUGUGCAACAAUUGCAAGAGUAAAACAUCUGAAUUAGUAGAAGAUAAAGAUACACAUGAACAUGAUACUUCAAAUCUGCAGAUGGUUCCUGUUGAUGGCUCACAAUUGGUUGAUAAAUCCAAGCAGCUAGUUCCAAAAGCAGUGGAAAAAGUCUUGGCUGGAGCUAUAAGGAGAGAAAUGGCUUUAGAAGAGUUCUGCACUAAACAACACAAUGAGAUUAUGCAACUUAAUCGUCUGGUGCAACAGUAUAAACAUGAACGCGAGUGCAAUUCGAUUAUUGGGCAACUGCAAGAAGACAAAAUCACCCGUCUUGAGAACUUAAUGGAUGGAGUUUUGUCUGCUGAGGAGUUUGUAAAUGAAGAAUUGACAUCUUUAGCAAAUGAACAUCAAAUUCUGAAGGAGAAAUACGAGAAUCAUCCGGAAACUUUAAGGAAAGAAAUCGAGUUGAAAAGAAUACAAGAUGAAUUGGAACGUUAUAGGAGCUUCUUUGAUAUGGGAGAGAGGGAUGUGUUAAUGGAAGAGAUACAAUAUUUAAGGAGUCAACUUCAAUCUUAUGUAGACUCUUCACCAAAAUUCUCUAAAACACAAACUCCUGUUUUACAAAUAACAUAUCCAUCUGAAACCAACGAAUCCCCUUCUUUAUCCACAAUCCCAGAGUCAACUGAUGAACACAGAUUUGAAUCAGAGAGAAUCCGAUUCCAUGAAGAAGAAAGCAAAUGGAUUUCUCUUACACAAGAGUUGAAAAGUCAACUAGAAGCCAACCGAUUGCUUGCUGAAAAGCAAAAACAAGAAGUUGAAACAGAAAGAAAAUGUUCACAAGAGCUUAAAGAAGCAAUGCAAAUGGCAAUGGAGGGUCAUGCAAGAAUGCUUGAACAGUAUGCUGAUUUAGAGGAGAGACAUAUGAACAUGCUAAUAAGGCAACGAAGAAUUCAAGAUGGAAUUGAAGAUGUGAAGAAAGCAGCUACAAAAGCUGGAGUAAGGGGUAAUGAAUCAAAAUUUAUAAAUGCCCUUGCUGCUGAAAUUUCAACCCUAAAGGUGGAAAGAGAAAGGGAGAGAGGGCGUUUUAGGGAUGAAAUUAAAGGGCUUCAAGAACAAUUGAGGGAUACUGCUGAUGCUGUACAGGCUGCUGGUGAAUUACUUGUGAGACUCAAAGAAGCAGAAGAAGCUGUUGCUUUUGCAGAGGCACGUGCGAGAGAUGCAGAAGAAGAAACACAGAAUGCCUACAAACACAUUGAAAAACUCAAGAAAAAACACAAGAAUGAUACACCAAUAUACAAUCUACAGGAGUCAAACAUCAAAGUUGACCAACAAAAACAACCCAGAGAUGAGUUUGACCAAUUCUAUAAUGUGGAAAAAGAAGAGUUGACCACAUUACCAGAGUUCUCUGGAUACGAUAGAUGCAACAUAUAAGUACAAAAAUUUGUUAUCAACAUUUAUUUUGUACAAUACAUAAAUUCUUUUUUCAAGCAUAUUCCAUUUGAAAUAUUUAACCACAAUAAUGUCU